CAUACAAAACAACACAGUGUGAAAUAACAAUUCUUUAUAUAUGGCUUUAAAAUUAAUAUAAAAAUUGUACGAAACAUGUCGACAUCCGAUUCUGAGUCAAGUACAGCAACAACAGCGGAAAAUAUUGAAUUGAACAGUCGGGAAUUCGAUUUAGAAGACGAAGAUCAAUCGUCAUCAAAUGCGCUCCGAAACACCGAUGGCGAUUUUGAGUACGGCCAAGCUGCAGCGUAUGAAAACGAGCCACUUGCUGAUGAUGAGUGGUUAGAAAACUAUAAUAGAGAGACAGAAGAAGAAAGACGCCAAACAGAAGAGCUCGAACGCAGAAUGCAAAAUGAAGUUCCUCUUGAUUCUUGGUGCAAUUGUGGUAACUGCCGUGUUCCUCUGUUCGUUAAUCUAAAAGAAUGUAGAUGUUGCCACAAAAUUAUCAAUUGCAUGAUUGAAAUGCAAGAUCAUAUGGUGGUAUACGAAUUAGGAAAACAGCCAAAAUGCAUCACAGAGCAUCCAGGAUUUGAUGCCAUUUGCCUCAAUCGAUGGGCAUUAAAUUUAGCUGCCAAUCUUUACCAAAGGUUUUUCGAGUUGUUGCAUAUAGACAAUUUACAAGAAUGGUGUUGUGUGCAUGAGCCCAGCUAG